CCGUAGAUUCACCUGAGCACAUGCAAUACUAUACACAUUCCCUUCUCCCCAUUCUUACGUGUCGUCGCAGUCUUGUUGACUAUCCAGUAACCAGGAAGACGACAGCUGCUCAUCGACAGAGUGGUGCUCUUCUUGGAGCCGUGGUUCAGAAUGGUCUUUGAUCGAUAGCGAUGCUUGUGAAUCCGGGAAUCCCGAGGAUACCUCUAUCCAAAAAUAGGCCAUCAUACACACAUGUGAAGAACCCAAUAAAUGUGCUUCUCUCUACCUCGGACGUUUCUCGAUGUUCUCCAUCUUUCUGUCCCUUCUUCUCUGCGGAGUUGCCUACGGUCGCACCAUUACCCUCACCAGUCGAGCUUUGGAGCCACAAAAUGUUCCUCUUGACGAUUUCUUCAGAGGCACAGAUCUACAAUGGUUUGGGAACAUCUCAGUCGGGACGCCUCCACAGGAAAUAACCGUCGUCUUUGACACUGGCAGUCGAACACUUGAAUUUGCUAGUACCCUCUGUCCGUCCUGCAACCAAGUAAAGUUCGACCCUUCCCUCAGCUCCACCUUUGUCGACGGUGGAAGGACCACCAGCAUCACCUUUUCCACCGGUGUCGGCGUCGACCCCGUCGUGGGUGCCAACUACAAACUCACCCUCCGAAGCGCGACAGACACCGUAUCCGUCGCCGGAUUUCAAGUCCCAAAUGUUGAUCUGUUCCUCAUCACAGACCAGACCCCUGCUUUUUCCAUUGAUCCGUUCAGUGGCAUUCAAGGCAUGGGUGCACAGGCUACCGGUCUCUUUGCCGGUUUGGUAGCCCAAGGACUUCCGUCACUGUUCAGCUUGUAUUUGACACCACAAGCAGUUGGGAACGCGGAAUUGACUCUGGGUGGAAUCGACGAAACGAAAUUUCAAGGUGAUCUCGUCUUUGCCUCCCUCCCUGCAGCUCAAACCGGUGUCUGGCGACUGCCGUCACCGGGAAUCUCUGUGAACGGCCAAACAACUGCACUGCUGAGCACGACGCGAAACAUCAUCUUCGACAGUGGAACUAGCAACGUGCUCUUCUCUACCGACACCACCGAGGCCAUCUACGCGUUCAUUUCCCCCGACAUUGUUCCCCACGCGUCCGAGCCCGGCACCUACGGCAUCGCAUGUGAUAAGAUCCCCUCCCUCGCUGCCGCCAUCUCCAUCGCGUUCACCGCUCAAGACGGGCACGUGUUCGAACUCACCAUUCCGUCUUCCGAGCUCAGUGUCGGUCCCUUUGCCGAUGACCCGACCGUGUGCCAGACCCUCAUAAACGCCUUUGACGGUCUGGAUCUUGUGGGUGGGAGUCUCCUCAAGCAUUGGUACAGUGUCUGGGACAUUGGUGACCAAAGGAUGGGUUUUGCAGAGGUUAUUUAAAUUGUUCAAUUCUAGCAAACAAAGCGGUGUGUUUAUGGACAGCAGAGUGAUGAUAAUAUAUAAGUAAAAUAUA